GGAAGGGAAGGAGAGGUUACAAUGAAGUGACAGCUUUGGGAAAGAAGCUAUUUUUUGAGUGUUUGUCCUGAAUUUAAUUGCUCUGCAUCUCCUACCAGAGGAAAGAGGAGGAAACAGGCCAUGCCCAGGGUGGACUGAGUCCUAGACACUCAGUAUAGAUACAUUUCUCUCAACAUUUGUCAUAAAUUUGUUGAAAUCAGUCUCCUUUUCCAAGAUGAUCCAUCCACCUAACAGCUGUGGCAUAUCAAGAUGCUGAUUACACAGCAUCGUUUCAUCACAGGUGUGCAUGGGGCUUCAAUUAGGAUUUCAUAUGACUAAUGCUGCAGAAAUGUAUUUUUUAGUCACAGAUACCACAAAGAAUUAGUCAGUAUGUGCAUGAAAACCAUUUGGCUCAUGCAGUGCAACAUAUCUUUACAGAAGGUUGAUCAGAUCAUUGAUUGUGGCCUGUGGACUGUUGGCCGAACUCUCUUCAAUGGCUGUGCAGAGUUGCUGGAUAUUGGCAGGAGUUUAAGCACGCUGUUGCACAAACUAAUCCAGAGAAUCGCAAACAGGCUCAGUGGGUGACAUGUCUGGAUGCCUGUCGAGACACUAUCAAUCAGAAACAGAUCUGCAGUGGGUCGGUUUCCAUCCGUCACUCUCGGCUUUGGGGAGGACACAGAGGAAGAAAAAGAAGAGCCAGAGGAGAACAAUGCUGAGAAAGAAAAUGCUUGUCGGAGGUGGCUGCGUAAGGUCUGCCCAUGCUGCUGUCCAAAGCCAAAUGAUGAUGACAUUACAGACACUUUGAUGACAGGGAUUGAUGAGCCGGAAAAGGAGGACGGGAUAAAUGGGGAGAAGCCCGGUGACAGUGAGCUUGAUGAGCUCCUCCUGAAAGUGCAAUCGAUAGACCUGAUGAAAAGCAAAUCAGGGGAGAACCGCACCGAGCACCACACAGACCUCUACCAAAGUGAUGAUUUUAUUAUUCGCAGAGGGCAGAAUUUCCAGAUGUGGAUUACUCUGUCUCGACCUUUUAGCCCAACAAAUGACAAGCUUCACCUUGAGCUUAAAACAGGACCACAGCCAACAGUGUCAAAGGGAACCCACGUAAUCAUCCCUCUGGUGGAGGAGCUGGAGGACGAUCGCUGGGAGGCUGCUGUUGUGAAACAAGACGACAAAAGAAUAAAGCUGUCAGUGAACUCCUCUCCCACGGCGGUCAUCGGCCGAUAUCAGCUCAUAGUGGAAACAACCUCUACACACGGCCAGUUUGUUUCCAAACAUAAUCCAGCCAAUGACAUCUACCUGUUGUUUAAUCCCUGGUGUGAAGAUGACACAGUGUUCAUGGAUAACGAAGACGAGAGGCAGGAAUAUGUCCUGAAUGAUGUCGGAAUAAUCUACCACGGCACACAGGACCAAAUUGCAGAGCGGACAUGGAACUAUGGACAGUUUGAUGAUGGGAUUCUUGCUGUCUGUCUGUUUGUCCUGGAGAAGAGUGGGACUCCUCCGUCUGGUUGGGGCGACCCGGUUAAUGUGGUGCGAGUAAUCUCAGCUAUGAUCAACUCGUUUGAUGACCGUGGUGUCCUGGAGGGAGACUGGUCAGGGGACUACUGGGGUGGAACCAAUCCAUCAUUUUGGAGUGGAAGUGUGGAAAUCCUGAAGGAAUACCAUGAAAACGGGGGACACCCCGUUAAGUAUGGCCAGUGUUGGGUCUUUGCUGGUGUCGUCACUACAGUGUUACGGUGUUUAGGCAUCCCCAAUCGCACUGUGACCAACUACUGCUCGGCUCAUGACACAGACGUCUCCUUGACAACAGACAUAUAUUUGGACGAGAACCUGGAGCCUAUAGAUAACCUCAAUACUGACUCGAUCUGGAAUUUUCAUGUGUGGAACGACUGCUGGAUGGCUCGUCCUGACUUGCCUGCAGGCAACGGAGGCUGGCAAGCUGUCGACGCAACGCCUCAAGAGACCAGUCAGGGCACCUUCCGCUGUGGCCCAGCUUCUCUCACCGCUGUCCGCAACGGCCAGGUCUACCUCAAGCAUGACGCUCAGUUUGUGUUUGCAGAGGUAAACAGUGAUAAAAUCUACUGGCAGAAGAACAUCGAUGGGACCUUCAGUCAAAUCUACAGUGAGAAAAAGACGGUGGGCCACUACAUCAGCACAAAGGCGGUCGGCUCUGAUGAACGCAAUGAUAUCACACACCUUUACAAACACCCCGAAGGCUCAGAGGCAGAGCGCAUUGCUGUGGAAACAGCAUGCAGCUACGGCUCCAAAGCAGAGGCCUACUCCCCUCCCACAGCAGAGGACAUCUCUGUGGAAGUGACCAUGGAUGGUGAUGGUCCUGAAAUGGGAAAAAAUGCAGAGCUGGACAUCAUUUUGCGAAACAGCAGCUCAGAGGAACGCAAGCUCAUCCUGCACAGCCAGGUGGCAGUCAUGUACUACACCGGUGUCCACAAGGCUACAGUCAGAAAGGACACAGCAGACGUAGAUCUGCUGCCCAAUGAGGUAAAGACUGUGGGGUGGACCCUCUUGUACGAAGACUACAAGGACCAGUUGAUAGACCAGGCCGCCCUGAUGCUGACACUGGCGGGCAGGGUCAAAGAAACACAGCAGGUCCUCGCCACUCAGUUCAGCUUCCGGCUCAGGACCCCAGACAUCACCUUAAAGCCGAUCGGGAAGGCCGUGGUCGGAGAGAAGAUGGCCGUAGAGAUUUCAUUUACUAACCCACUACCACGAGUGCUGAAAGCCGUGAUGUUCCACGUGGAAGGACUGGGCCUCCUACCUGCUCGAAAGAUUCAUUAUGGAGAUAUUGGCAGUCGUGCCUCAGUGUCUCUGACUGAGCACUUUGUCCCCACCCUGCCGGGACCGAGGAAAUUACUGGCUACAUUAGACUGCAAGCAGCUCACACAGGUUGACGGUGUGACUGACAUCAUUGUGAAUGAGAAAAUCAACGAUGCUCUAUAGCCAAUUGAUAACAGAGACAUUUUGACACUGAAUCUUUCUUAGAGGUCUAUUUAAAAUCUAAUUUCUAUGGAAAGAUAGUGUUCAAUUUUGAAACUGUAUAACUCUGCAGUGCUGCUUUUUUUUGCUUUGGAAUUUCAAAAUGACCGAUGACCAAGGAGAGACAAUUAACCACGAAACAUUUAAGAAAAAAUGUGGAGUUUGUGGAACAGAACUUUCUAGAUUUUAUAAAAACCAGUAUUGACUUACACCAAACUCAUUACAUUUUAAUGUAACCCCACAGCUUGGACAGUGGGCAGCUUAAAUAAAAGAAAUGUACUUUUGUAAAGACAGGCUCUACACUGAGGUCAUGUUUUGUAUUUAUAUUAAUACAAUAUAUUUAUUUUAAACAUUGCCAUGUGCUGACAGAAAGAAUUGUUUUAUUUAAAUAUCUAAAUACUGCUGCAAAUGAUCUUAUAUUAUUAGAACAAAAAUAAUUCAAAAUGCAUCCUAGAGUCUGCUGGCUUGUUGUGACAUUACAAAACAGUUUGUUUCUGA